AUGGAUUCUAUAAAUUCAAUUUCAAAAGGAACAUUUCUGUUCGCAAACGGGAUGGAUUUAAAGCAGCUCAAAAGACAGAAACCUUCAUCGUUCAGAAAUGAGGAAUACAGUCAAGAAUGGUGCAACAGUUUUCAAAAAGUUUGGAAAAUGAUUGAGGCGAAAAUAGAGAGAAUCCAGUCAGAAAGCUAUGAAAGAACACUAUCUAGUUUACUGACGUACAUUCGUGAUGCAAAUACAAACGAUCCUAAUCUUCAAACAGCUGUUCUUUUAACUGGCGUCAAUCAAAUUGAUCAUUUUAAACAGUUGGAUUUACUGUCGCAGAAAAUAUCAAAUAAUUGCUUCUCGAUGGUCUCAAUUUUAAAGUCACGCGACUGUUCAAAUAAUAUCAAAUACACAAUCGAAUCUCUUGUUGGUGGAUUAAUUUAUGGACACGUUAAUAAUGAUGACAGUGAAAAUAUUCAUUUAAAAUUAAAGAAGAAGCAAUUAACAUUAUCAGUUCUGGAAGCUUGGUACCAUAAUAGAUUUGGAAGUGCUGAACACAAACCAAAAUUAGUCAUCAUACUCGCUGAUUUCGAACAAUUUCCGACAAAUAUCUUGCAGGAUUUUGUUAGCAUAUUAUGUUCUUAUUCAUCACGAUUGCCGUUAGUAUUAAUAAUUGGAUUAGCUACAGCAUUUAAAACACUCCAUAGUGUCCUUCCAUUUCACAUUACCAACAAGAUUUCCGUCAAUAUUUUUCAAGCAGAAUCUUCGUCCAGCAUGCUCAAUAGAAUUUUGGAUGAAGUAAUUUUAACACAUCACUGUCCAUUCUUUUUGUCUGGAAAAUCAUUUAAAAUUUUACUUGACAUUUUCCUCUUUUACGAUUAUUCCUUACAAAGUUUUAUUCAAGGAUUUAAAGUUUUCAUGCUAGAGCAAUAUUCUACGAACUUUUUUACUUCAAUCUACACAAUUGGUUCAGUCUAUACAGGAAUGUUUGAAAAAAUAACACAUGAAGACUGCGAAUGGCUAAGACGAAAUUGUUUGUCAUUUAGAAGAUAUGUUGAAGCUCACGAGGAUCCACAAACUCGCAUUGAUUUAAUUACCAACGAUGAAAAAUUGAAACAAUUUAUACCAAAAAAGUCAUGUAGAGCAUUGCGAUUCUAUUUCCAGUUUUUCUGUUGCCUACGAAUGCUUGCAGUAUUAAUUGAAGACUUGCCGAGAAACAAUUUAGGAAAGCAAUUAAGAGAACUUUAUCCAAUAUGCGCAGAAACGGACAUAACGAAGCUAGAAGAGUUUCAGAAUUGCUUUAAACUUUUGAGAUUCACCUCUAAAGAUAAAUUUCUAGCAAAAUUGGAUAAAAUUAUUAAAAUUCUCAAUGAAUACAUAAGUGACGAAAUUCUUCAUGAAAAUCUGCGAAAUAAUUUCACUUGUGUUUGGGACAAAUUGCUCAACUAUCGAGUGAAAAUUUUUGAGGCUGGAAUGACACCUACAAAGAGUCCUGGAGAAUCAAAUGGUUCAACGAUAACACAAAGUACUGCAAAAAUAAACACAAAAGGUAUUAUUGGGAGGCAUGAAAUGCUACAAAAAUUGAAAGAAUCUGCAAUGAAUCAGCCUACAAAAAUUGUUGUUGAGUAUGAAAGGCUCUUAUGUAAAUGUCUUGAUUACAUUUAUGAAGUUUUCGAGCGACAUCUGAUUCCACUUACCAAAGGCCCAGUACUGACAGAAAUUUUCUUGUUUAGUGACUGCAAUUCGGUCCGUCGCCAUAUUGUUGGUGCUCCAAGAUCAUCCAUACACAACGCUUUAGUAAAUCCACAUCAUUAUCUACAGUGCAAAUGCUGUGCGGUAAAGGAAAAUGAACAAAUUUUGUCAACAAUGCCAGACAUUUCUGUUGCUUACAAGCUUCAUUUAGAAUGCAACAAAUUCAUCAAUCUCUUCGAUUGGCUUCAAUCAUUUUCGAUGGUAAUUGAAAAUAAUAAUGAUGAAGAGGAAAACAUUAGUCCAGAAAUCCAGGCUAAAUUUACAAGAUCUGUAGCUGAACUUCAAUUUCUUGGUUUCAUCAAACAGGCUAAACAAAAGACUGAUCAUGUUAUGAGACUAACUUGGUAA